AUGACUAUAAUUGAUAAAGUUUCUCCAGUGAGUGCAACAUGCCAGAACCAGCUUUGCAAGUCCAUUUCACCAUCUUCUGGAGACAUAGAUACAGGUUCAACAACUUUGGGCGUAGUAUCAGCCUUAGCUAAAACGUCUCUUGGACCAGUACCUGGUGCUGCCGUCUAUUCAAGCUCAUCUGUUCCUGAAAAACCCGUGCCUUCAGAGCAGAAUGAUCCACCAUUGGCAGUACCAGGGGAUGGCGUUGGCACACCAGAAAAGAUCAUUUUUCCUGCUGAGAAAAUAAGACUGAAAUGGCAGCGAAUACAGAAGGUUGGAGCUGGUCUCCAAAACCUUGGCAAUACAUGCUUUGUCAACUCUGUGCUGCAGUGCUUAACUUACACUGCACCUCUUGCAAACUACAUGCUGAGCCGCGAGCACUCAAAGACAUGUCGAGAGCAAGAUUUCUGUAUGAUGUGUGUUAUGCAGUCUCACAUCGUUCAGGCUUUGUCUAACACGGGCAAUGUCAUUAAGCCAACAUGUGUUAUUAAUGACUUAAGACGUAUUGCAAAGCAUUUCCGUUUGGGGAGUCAAGAAGACGCUCAUGAAUUUCUUCGUUAUACUGUGGAUGAAAUGCAAAAAUCUUGUCUCAAUGGUUAUAUCAGCUAUGGCAGAAGUACACAAGCAACUACUUUUAUACAUCAAGUAUUUGGUGGUUGUCUGCGAUCUCGAGUAAAAUGUCUAAAAUGCAAAUCUGUAUCUGACACAUAUGAAGAUUGCCUUGACAUUGCACUGGAGAUAAAGUCUUCACAUAGUAUAAACCAAGCUUUGGAAGAGUUUGUAAAAGCCGAACAGCUGGAAGGAGACAAUGCGUACAAAUGUAGCAAGUGUAAUCAAUUAGUUACAGCAACAAAGAAAUUUACAAUUCAUAGAACAUCUAAUGUCCUGACUCUGUCCUUGAAAAGGUUUGCUAGUUUCAGUGGAGGAAAACUUUCAAAGGAAAUUAAAUACCCAGAAUACCUUGACAUCCGUCCCUAUACCUCUCAUCCAAGUGGAGAGGCGCUUAUAUACAAACUGUAUGCUGUACUUGUACAUAGUGGCUUCAGCUGUCACACUGGACAUUACUAUUCCUAUAUAAAGGCUAGUAAUGACCAGUGGUACCUUAUGAAUGAUUCUAUUGUGUCUAGUGCAGACAUCAGGACAGUCCUCAACCAGCAGGCAUACCUUUUAUUCUACAUCAGAUCCCAAAAUGUUCCUAGUGGUGAUUCAUCAUAUGCUCUCCAAUCAGCCAGCCCUAAUUCCCCGCAACCCAGCUGCAGCCAGAGGGCAAGCGUGUCCAAGUUUUUGUUUGUAGGACCUCAACAGAUCAUUAAGAAUGUAAAACACAUGAAUGGGAAUCGGUCACCAAAAUCUUCACUGAAUGGUCCAGUUCCAAACAAUAGCUGUGUUAAUGUUAAAAGGCCAAUGGGUGCAGUGCCAGUCAACCGGCAAGUGUCCAUUAACUCAACAGUCAAGAAACAAAAAAUUACCAUCACUAUCAACAAACAGCAUCCUGCUCUUCAAGGACCACCAUUUCAUGAUUCUCCCAAUACUGAGUCUGCAGCUAGUGCAAGUCUGGCAUCUGCUUCUACUAAACCAUGUGCAACGCUGUCUACCUCAAGUGUCCCUACACAAUCCGAAUCGAAGCAUGCACCAAUCAGGUUGAACCGUGGAAAUUUAGUCAAUGGCAAGUCUAAAGCAACGUCCAACUUGCUAGUUCCUUAUGGUACAGAAUCUUCUGAAGAAUCUGAAGAAGAACAGAAAGGGAUACGCAAAAGAAGAUGGAGUGGAAAGUGUGCAGAUGGAUCUGUCACAACAAACUGUCUUUGUGCACCCAUGGAUACACUAGAUAGGACUGACAAUUUGAAAGAGGAAUUGAGGAUAUCUUUAGAAUCCAUUCCAAAUAAUCAGAUUGAACUCACUAAACAUGACGCUUGUGAACCAUCAAUGUCCAAUUACCACAACGGUGAAAAUCAUGUAGGAUCAAAUAUAUCUGUCAGCGUCUGUGAAUUGUCUAAGGAUACUGAAUCUUCCUUUAUUCUGGUCACAGAGGACACUGAUAAAACAGCAGUUUCGCCAGCAAGCUAUGCAUGUGAAAUCACAGCAUCAGAGCAGAGACCCCAGCUGCAAUCAACAGAAAUGGCUGUAACAAAACAGGAAAUUCCACCAAAUGUGGAUAUCGGCAUCAGGUUAAUUGCCUCAGAGAGCAUUGCAGAGAACAAGCCACUACCGCAAUCUUCUGGGUCCUCCGAAGACCACAAAAGGAACAGUGAUAGACGAUCACAAAGCUUUGAUAGAUCCAAAUAUGAUCGGUAUAGGUUGCCGGAUAGGGAAUACAGACAUAGGGACUAUUCCAGUAGUGGACACUACAAACACAGAGACUAUGACAGGCAGCGCUCUAGAAGCAGAGGGAGAACUGGAGAUCGCUGUUCAUAUUAUCAUUCUAAAAGGGACCGAUCAAGAAGCAGGGAGAAACACCGUAGACAUUAUUCCCCUUAUAGAGAUCAUCGGGGGCAUUAUGAUAGGGACUAUUGGGCUUGUAAAGACUAUAAAUCAGGAUGGUCCCACCACAGCAGGGGGCGCGAUCAAGCCUAUAACUUCAAAUACAACAACCAUCAAUCCUUUUACUCACGUCAAUUUGACCCCUACCACCACAGAAAACUUAACGGUUACUCCAACUACCAUCAAGAUUAUGGAAGCUCAAAAAAAAGAAAAUACCAUCGUGAUGGCAGCUCAGAAGAGGAGGACUACGAACGCGGCUUCAAACGCCAGGCCAAUCACAACCGCUCACCUUCCGACUGGCCACGU